GGAGGGGAAUGAGUAGAAAGCAACAGUUCAGCUUGGUCCCAGCUGGGCGUGUGCAUCCACGUGAUAAUUUGGGCAACCAUGGCCAAGAAUCCUCUUGAACAAGCUUCCUUCAUACCUCUUCACUCUUACCACAUCUAUCUUGUUUCCCUUUUGCAUCACUAGCUUUCAUUCGACCUACACCUUGACCACAUGAUGUCAGAGUCAACCUCACCCUCACCUUCUCUCCCGACAAAUACUCUCAUUGUCACCAACCUAGAUGCACCCCACUUUGAGAAGGAGACCAUGCUGAGGCUGAAAACCAAGGCAGAGUCCUUUGGCGAAGUCUACUACUUUGCACCCAUCAAGUCCUUCUACCGUGUCUUUAUCGUUUACAAUUCGACCGCGGACGCCCAACAGGCUAAGGCGCAGCUCCACACCACAGAGUUCGAAGGUGCCAUCCUCCGCGUCUACUUUGGCCAGCACACAGAGAUCUCCCACGACCCUGCAACACGCUAUCUGCACCCACCGGAGCUCGAAAAGAACUGGCUGAUAUCUCCUCCGGGCUCACCACCCAUAGGAUGGACUCAGAUUCGAGAGGAUCCACCGAACUCCUUGCACCUGGCCGACGAUCUGGUCAAGGCUUUGUUAGGGAUGGGACAGCCCGUGUACCAAUUGCCAAGGCCCGACGGCACCUUUGCGGAUCGCUCGUAUCUAUUCGAGGAGGAUGUCGAGCACUUUUCACUAGGCGAGCCUCAACACCCUCACACAGAAUCACCGUCUUCGGAGUUCAUUUCAGGAGAGACAGUAGAGGAGAACGUGAACAAGGAACACGGGCCCUUGCAGAAGCAGAUCCAAGGACUCAAGGUCGACACCCAACCAUCAUCAAAGAGCCGUUCUGCAUCACCUCAGUCUGUCAGUUCGCCGGCUUCAUCUCUGCUUCGACCAUGCACGCCCACGGUGGUGGCAUUCUCACCUGCGAAGGAGUCUGAAGGCGAUCAGCCAUCUAUCACUGUUCAGGAUUGGGGUGUAGAUUCACCUUCGCCUUUGCCUCUGAAGCGACGGGGCACUCUCCCAAAGACAGCGUUCCCGACUGGACCUGUUCGACCAUCGUCUUAAGCUGAUUGCUAGUGUUGAUACAUCGUUGAAGUCGACAUUUCCCUUCAUAUCCCCCUAGUCCACUCCUUUGCUCAUUCCUUGUACUUUAAAAAGCCUUUGCAACAUCAUGAUAAACAUUUGCAGCC